CUGUGUUGAACAGUCGGGGGAAACAACGGAGACGCGUCCGGAGAUUACACACUUACACGGCUCCACUUGUGAGAUGUGCGUCUCAAUCGGCAGCGGAUACAUGCAUAUCCCUUCAGAUACGUUCACAUCUGGAUUACGCAUCAUCUGGAAGGCUGAUUUACUGUUUCCUGCGGACAACUCAAAAAAUGUAUCAUUCUUUGAAUACUUGAGGAGUGACGACAACUUUCCUCUUGUCGGACUUCGCCAUACUAAUCGCCGCAUAUAAGAAACGAGGAGCUUAAAACAACAAAAAAAAAACAGUUCCCGGGAUUUAAAAAUGCAAGCAGAUGAUUUUCCCGAUCAGGAUUUGCAAUUUUAAUUUGCCAGUUUGGAGUGUCUGGAGCGGGGACACACCAAGCAAUGUUAUCGGCGGAGAUGCGUUGUUUGCUGAGGUGCAUGUCCGUGGAUGUUGCAGCUCGCUCGGGCUGCACACGGUGCCUUUGGGUGGCUGUGAUUGGACCGGACACAGACUGGGGCUGACUGAUGUUUGUCCGAGAGGAAAUGUUUUUGGGGAGGAGAUCAAUAUGAGCUACUGGCGCACGCGAGAGGGGGCGAAUGCCAGUCUUCACGAUCACACGUAUUACUCUGAGGACGGAGGAAAACGAGCAGGACUUUUUCUCAUGGAUUUAAAUUCAAAAGAGACCAGAAAUAUCUUCUUACCUUCAGACAUUGAUGCAUAAUUAAUGUGAUUCGUUUUGUUGGCUUUGCAAACUGUUACAAGAUUGUUACAAGUGGAUGUGGAACGUGUUUGGUCUUGCACUAAAGUUUUUUCCCCCCUAUUUUGACUAUCAUGCAUGGGACUUUGAUAUUGCACCAUUUUGACUUAUACAAUAUCAAUUCUUUGAACUCCUCUAACAAUAUAUUUAUCACCUGGACGUUUUUUCUGAAAUAACAACUGGAGUUAUGGGACAUUACAAAAACGCUUUUAUGGAAGAGAACAAUCAGUUGCCUCAUUUUUAAAUACAGUAAAAUGUAUUCAAAAAUGCCUGGAAACAUGGCAGUGAACUGGGUUGUAUAUUCAGUUUUUUUACUUCUACUGUUCGCAGUGGGGACAGCUUUCUCGGGGGUCUUCAACACCACAGACAGAGACAUUUUUACAGAUGACUUACUGCAGGUCAAGCUCACACAAGCCAGAGCGACUGAGCAGUGGAAAAUACAGUCUACUGAUUCCCAUCCCAACCUAUAUUUUAACCAAGUGGAUGUGUUGCACUUGAGGCAAAGGUCCUCCACCACCCACAGUCACAUAUUUAAAGUCAUACGUGCGGCUGUGCUCACCAUGUUGUCUAAUGUCCCCUCUUACAUGCCCCCUGUGAAACAUGCGGAGUUUACAAGCAAGUGGAACGAGAUUUAUGGAAACAACCUUCCUCCCCUGGGUCUCUACUGCCUGUUGUGCCCAGAGGACUCUGCUGCCCUGCAGUUUCUUAUCAAGUUUAUGGAUAGGAUGGCGGAAUACCCAGACUGGAAGGUAACCAGUGCCCCCAACGACGAGGUCCCCAUGGCGCACUCUCUCACUGGGUUUGCCACUGCUUUUGACUUUAUUUACUCCUACCUGGAUGAGCGGCGGAGGGAUGUUUACCUUAAGAAAAUUCGCUCUGAGACAGAGGAGCUGUUGGAGCUAUCAAAGUACAGGGGGUGGGGGAAACAGUACCUCCAAAAUCAUCAAACCACUAACGUAUUAGCCAUCCUGACUGGUGCAAUAGUGGCUGGAUCACAUGACAACCCGGAGUCAAUGAUCUGGAAACAAGUGGCAGUGAACUACAUGGAGAAAACUAUGUUUCUCCUUAACCAUGUUGUUGACGGCUCUCUGGAUGAGGGAGUAGCCUAUGGCAGCUACACAGCCAAGUCCAUCACACAGUAUGUCUUCUUAGCUCAGCGCCAUUUUAACAUUGACAACCUGCAGAACAACUGGCUGCGUGAACACUUUUGGUUUUAUUAUGCCACUCUCCUGCCGGGGUUUCAGAGAACAGUUGGCAUCGCAGACUCCAACUACAACUGGUUUUAUGGGCCGGAGAGCCAGCUGGUUUUCCUCGACACAUUCGUCAUGAGGAACGGGACGGGUAACUGGCUGGCUCAACAGAUCAGAAAGCACCGACCUAAGGAUGGGCCAAUGGGACAGUCGUCUGCCCAGCGCUGGGCUACACUUCACACUGAAUACAUCUGGUACAACUCCCACCUCACGCCACAGCCUCCCCAGGACUUUGGAAAAGCUAGGAUGCAUAUUUUCUCAAACUGGGGUGUGGUUACCUACGGAGCAGGGCUACCAAACGGCCAGGGUAAUACUUUUGUCUCCUUUAAGUCUAGCAAGCUGGGUGGCCGUGCAGUCUAUGACAUUGUCCAUGACAAGCCUUACUCCUGGGUGGAUGGCUGGAACAGUUUUAACCCAGGUCACGAGCACCCUGAUCAGAACUCUUUCACAUUUGCUCCUAAUGGACAAGUAUUUGUGUCUGAAGCACUUUAUGGUCCAAAGUACAGCUACCUUAACAAUGUUUUGGUGUUCAGUCCGUCUCCUACGAGCCAGUGUAACAGUCCAUGGGAGGGUCAGUUAGGGGAGUGCGCCAAGUGGCUGCGCUGGACUGAUGAGGGGGUGGGUGAUGCCAGAGGGGAGGUGAUUGUCGCCUCCUCACACAGGGACACCAUGUUUGUGAGUGGGGAAGCGGCGUUGGCUUAUUCCCCCGCAAUGAGACUAAAGAGUGUGUUCAGAGCUUUAGUUCUGCUAAACUCACAGACUCUGCUGGUGCUUGAUCACGUAGAGAAGUGGAGUGAUUCACCUGUGAAGUCCCUUAGUGCUUUUUUCCACAAUCUUGACAUUGACUUCAAAUACGUUCCUUUCAGAUUCAUGGACAGAUAUAAUGGCGCUUUGAUGGAUGUGUGGGACGCUCAUUAUAAAAUGUUCUGGUUCGACAGUCAGGGUCACAGCCCUGAUACCAGGAUACAAGAGGCAGAGCAGGCGGCUGAGUUUAAAAAGAGGUGGACUCAGUAUGUAAAUGUCACUUUCCCAAUGUUAGGCACAGUCAGCAGAGUAGCUUACGUGUUACAUGGGCCAUAUGUCAAAGUGUCCAGCUGUAAGUUUUUGGAUAACAGCAAGAAUGGAGUGAGACUUUCUUUAACCAUCAAUAACACAGAGAAGAUUGUCUCUAUUGCUACAAACUACAAAGACAUAGGAGCUAGGUCAACUUAUCUAGGAUUUGGAGGUCACUGUAAAGUUGAGGAUAAAUAUCAAAUUACUCGAUAUGGCCUUGGGACUCAACUCAUUCCCAAACAAAUCAGCAGUGAUAAUCAGCUUUUUGACUUUGGGUUCACAGUCAAUGUGAUAGCAGGGGUGGUUCUCUUUGUGGCCAUAGGAUGUUUGACCAUGCAGAGAAAGUUUUACGUCUGCUUCAGCAAGCUGAUGCGUUACGCCCUCUUCUCUGUGCUCCUUCUGUGGAUAGCCGAGCUGCUGUUUGUAUCUAACAGCUGCGAUCAGCUUCUCUGUGGGGUAAAAUGGAAAGGUGCAGGUGCCAAAAAAGAAGUAAACAAACAAAUCACACUGUACGAGCUGCAGCGGCUCCCCCUCCCCACUGUAGUCAUAACAACCCUUCCCGGUUCAGGAUCAGAAAUACUCAAGUACCUUUUCUACAACAGCUCGGACUUUGUUUACAUAAGAGUUCCCACCGAGCACCUGGAUAUUCCUGAGACUGAGUUUGAGUUUGACUCUCUGGUCGACGCCUGUGAGUGGUCAAGGUCAGACGCCAUGCAUGGGCGGUUUAAGAUUAUUCAGGGCUGGCUUCAUUCGCUGGUCCACAACAUAAAGCUGCACUUGCAGAAUAUUCAGCUGGUAGAGGGCAGCAGGGUCAAACAGUCCCAGAGAGUCGACCCCUCGAGGGACAGAAAGAAAAGAUCCAGGAGGAGAGAGCGGACAUCUGAGCUGAAGGGCAAACUGAGAGCAAGUCUGGACAGAGAUGCAGAGUAUGUUAGAGAGAUGAGGCGUCAUGUUGCGGAGUACCCUAACGCCCGGGUGGUCCUCAACAUGCGGAGCGGGAGCUGGGCGCUCAAACUGCCGUUCAUUCAGGAGGUUGUGGGAUCUUCCUUGAGGACAAUCUACCUGGUGAGAGACCCUCGAGCGUGGAUUUAUCUCAUGGUUUAUAACAGUAAACCUAGCCUUUACUCCCUCAAAAACAUCCCGCAGCACCUUUCCUUGAUAUUCAAGGAGGAUGCUGUCAGAGACGGGUGCCCAGCUGCAGCGCCAGAGUUUAAAAUAAUCCAGAAACUACUUUCCCGUUCUGAGACAAACCCCAUCCUGAUACUGGCUAAUCUGUGGCUGGCUCACACCGCAGCAGUGCUGAGAGUCAGCGAGAGCCUUCCCGAGGAGUCCUACCUCCAAGUGAGGUUUGAGGACGUGGUCAACUUCCCGCAGGAGACGGCAGAGAGCAUACACACAUUUCUGGGGGUGCCCGUCUCACCCGCAGCCCUCAACCAACUUCUCUUCACCACCUCCACAAACCUGUACAAUCUAAUGUAUGAAGGAGACAUUUCACCAGCCAACAUUAACAUGUGGAGACAAAAUAUGCCUCGGAAGGACAUGAGAGUAAUAGAGGACGUGUGUGGGAGUGUGAUGAGGAGACUGGGUUACACGAGGUUUGCUAGUUAACUUGCCGCUGCAGGUCAGCUGACAUUGAGCUGUCUUGCUUACUGUAGUUGCCGUUGAGUUCUGUAAAAAAUAAGUUUUUUUUUGCACUGACUUUAAAUCUGAAAAUAUGUUACAAGUUGAGGAGAAACUGUGUAGCAUUUCUGUCUUUUUGUUGUGUUUGUUUGGGUAUUGUACAGACCACAGCAACAGAUGUUUGUGAGGGAGGAAUAUUUUACAUUAAAAUAAGUGGAAGGGAGCUUAUGUUUUUGUUUUACCCCCAGGAGCCCUUCACUUCACUUGUAGCACUCUUUCAUUGAGUGAGACUUUAGACCUUUGCUGUCUUACAUGCAGAGUUGAAUUUUAGCUUACAUUUUUUAUAUGUUUGCAUCAUCCUACAACAACUCAGUUUCACCGUGAAGAUUAAUUAAUGUUUGUUUUAGUAAGCAAUGAGAUUUUUCGAUCCCUAAUCUGUGAUGUCAGAGUUGUUUGCGCAAAAUCCAUAUCUGUGAUUACUGGCAUUUGUUUUUUUGGGGGGGGAUCAAGAGAUAUUUACUGGUUUAAAAAGGAUAUAUUAUGAAGCUCAUUAAGAAGUAAGCCUCAUAUUUAUUGACAGUCUUAUAAUAUGUAGCUUUGGGAGAUAAUUUCCAAAGGCUAAUUUGGCUGUCAUGAAUUUAAUAUCUGAACUUCAUGUGCUGUUUCCCUUUAAAACUACAAAAUGUUGCAAUGUAUAGACUGUUUUGCAAAGCAGAGAAAACGAUAGUUGUGCUUUAUUGCUCUAAUACAGACAUAUGAAUGACAUGGAUUGUAUUUUUAUUACAUAAGUAGAGGGAUUUUAUUUGAAGCUCAACGAUGUCAUGAUGGCUUGGUGGCUUAGCACUUGCGCGGGGACUCUUUUGAUUGUAUGUGGGAUUCAGUGCAUUUUCCAAAGCUAACUUAACUGUAUGUACUCGAUUAGCUUGGAAAUAUAAAAUGUCUGAAGAUGCAUUAACCUCAGAAGAUAUUAAGUGUAGAAGAAAGAAAGUUAGAAGUAUUUAUGGAUUCCAAAGACACAUAUCCCAAAGGAUCAGGAAUGAAUAUGAUUAUUAUAACUCCCUUUGGCAUUUAUUGAAUUAGAUCAGAGGAAAGUGCUUAAUAGGGAUCAAACUGGAAAUAUGAAAAAAAAAAAAAAACCUGUCAGCCUUGACACAUUUCUAGUCAAAGCAAUUUCCAAAGCACCCCCCUCAGCUACUCAUAUUAAUCUGCAAAAUGCCAUAGCUGAGGCUUACCCUGUGUGUUAUUGUUGUGCUGUCUGUCUUCACUCUAAAGGCCUGGAGGAAAUGCAAACUGUUUCCAUUUCCUGUUGUGGUCAAUCAGAUAUUCAAUGAUCUUUUGGGGCUUUUGUCUUGAGAGAGUUCAGCAAACAGUGGAGUGAACAAGGACUGAGCAAUGGGAUGAAUGUUAAAUAUAGCUAAAGGAGAAAAAAAAAAAGUCAGAGACCAUUUCUACUGUUAUGCUCUUUGGCCUGGUCCAAAAAAUGACGCUACUCAGUAACCUUUGAUGCUGUCUUGCUUAAACAUUUCUGUACUGUAAAUGGUUCACGUAUAAUAUGCAGAUGGCUCGCUCGAUCACAGACUGUCCCCCUUGCAUCUGCACACAAAAAAAAUAACAACCAUAAGGCACUCAUUUGGAAAUAUCCAUCUUUCCUUAACUAGAAACUGUCCUGUUUGUUUUCUUCUCUACGAACACUGAAACCCUUGACUGCCUGGAAAAACCCUUUGAUGUUUGUGGUCUUUGAAUGUGUAGACUUGGCAGACAUGCUUUCACUUUGGUGUUGCAAUCCUGUUACCAACUCUGUUUUGUAUUUGCUCGUGGGGAUAUGGUUCCUUGCUUAUGUGGCCUUGAAUUACAAUCAUUUUCUCUAUAACGGUUUUCUGUGGGCUCCGGAGCAAGAGGUGGAGAUAAUGUCAAGAAAACAAUAAAUUCAUAAAUAUA